AGGCACCCAUAUGGGACAAGAGAAAGAAUUAUCAGAAGCAGUACAACUUGGGAAGAGUCAACACUAAGAUUUACUAAUGAUUCCUAAUUAUUUUUACAUUUUUUUCCUUUUGGCAGGACAAAAAGAUCAAUGAUUUUCUGUUGCUCCCAGAUUUUGGCCCAAACGCUUUCUUUUUUUGUUUUCUUGAUCAGAAGAGGAAGCAAACAGUUCAUCCACAUGCACUAUUGCACUUUAAUGCUCAGGUAUCAUUCCUGAGUCUGAAGCUGCCUGAAAGGAGCUCUCAUUGGGGCUCUGGAGAGAAAAGUUUCCAGCUGCAGCAAAAUUUAUUUAAUCUUGUACCAAAGGAGGAAAAAUAUCCUGACAAAGAACUAAACGGAUGAUAAUGCAAAAGUAUGUAUAAAGGUAUUGCCACUUGGAAAAGAAAAGAGAAAUAAGGAGGAGAGAAGAAGCCACAAAGAAACAGAGGAGCAGCAUGGGGAACUUUUGCCGGAAACAUUGCACUUGGAUGGAGCGGUGUGCCCCUUGGCUCUUCCAAGAGAGUGAUGGCAUACAGGGAGAGGGAUAUAAGACGGGGAUGGGCCAAGAUAACCUGGGCUGGGUGAAAGAUGACUGCCAGACAGAGAAUACGUCUCAGAUAACAACAAAGAAAGAUGUGACUGGUAUUCCUUUGCCCAUGCCCAAGAACCACCACAAGUUUGUAGCACUUUUUGAUUAUCAGGGCCGCACUAAGGAGGACCUGAGCUUCCAAGCUGGAGAUAAACUCGAGGUGCUGGAUACAUCUCCGGAGGGCUGGUGGUAUGCUAGCCUCCUCCUGGACAGUGCCUCAACACGGCCUGGACAGAAGCUCCGUGGCUACAUCCCUGCCAACUAUGUAGCUCCUGAUCAGAGCGUUGAGGCUGAACCAUGGUUUUUUGGACCAGUCACGCGAGCAGAUGCAGAGAAACAACUGUUGUGCCCUGAAAAUCAGGAAGGAGCCUUCCUAAUCCGAGAAAGCGAAAGUAAAAAAGGCGAACUCUCUCUUUCAGUCUUUGAUGGAGCAGUUGUGAAACACUACAGGAUCCGACAGGAGGCUGGAGAAGGCUUUUUUCUUAGCAAAAAGAAUAUUUUUAAAACAUUGAAUGCUUUUGUUGACCACUACACCAAUAUCAGCGAUGGCCUCUGUGUAAAGCUCAGGAAGCCCUGUAUAAAGAAAAAAGUUCCUGCUCCUUUCGAUUUGUCAUACAAAACUGCAGACCAGUGGGAGAUAGACCGAAAUUCUCUGAAACUGUUGAAAAAAUUAGGUUCUGGUCAAUUUGGUGAAGUGUGGGAAGGUCUCUGGAAUAAUACCACGCCAGUGGCAAUCAAAACAUUAAAACCAGGUUCAAUGGAUCCAAAGGACUUCCUGAGGGAGGCACAAAUAAUGAAGAACCUUAGACAUCCAAAGCUUAUACAGCUCUAUGCAGUUUGCACUUUAGAGGAUCCAAUUUAUAUUAUUACUGAGCUGAUGAGACAUGGAAGUCUACUAGAAUACCUCCAAAAUGAUGCAGGUUCAGAGAUCCAUCUGUCUGAACAAAUAGACAUGGCAGCUCAGGUUGCCUCAGGUAUGGCUUACCUGGAAUCCCAGAACUAUAUCCAUCGGGAUUUGGCGGCCAGGAAUGUCCUUGUGGGUGAACACAAUGUUUACAAAGUGGCAGAUUUUGGACUUGCAAGAGUUUUUAAGUUAGAAAAUGAAAAUGUAUAUGAAGCUAAACAUGAAACGAAACUCCCUGUGAAAUGGACAGCCCCUGAAGCGAUCCGCUCCAAUAAAUUCAGCAUUAAGUCUGAUGUGUGGUCAUUUGGAAUACUUCUCUUUGAAAUAAUCACCUAUGGGAAGAUGCCUUAUUCUGGUAUGAUGGGCUACCAAGUAAUCCAGAAGCUGGAUAAAGGAUACAGAAUCCCUCAACCAGCUAACUGUCCAGAUAAGCUCUAUAACAUUAUGCUGGAGUGCUGGAAUGCAGAGCCCAAAGGACGGCCCACUUUUGAAACAUUGCACUGGAAACUGGAAGAUUAUGAUACGGACUCUACAUCCUAUAUUGAUGCAAAUGCUUUUGUAAAAUGAAUGUUGUGGCAGAGACUGAAGAAAAUCAAAUGAUCAGUUAAAUAAGUAUGGUAUAAAGGGUAACUGUGAAAUAAAUUUCACCUCAAAAUAUGGGGGAGGAGAGGUUUAAAUUAUUAGAUGAAACUAAGGAAUUUUAUAAAUUGCCAAGUCUAUGGUGAUGUUCCAGGACACUAGAGAUUUUAAUGUCAGCCAUUGUCUUGCAAAAUUAAGAAAACAGAAAUGAGGGGGCUUUAUUGUUUGUUUGUUUGUUUUAUAAAAUAAGCUCUCUUCUAUUUAUUAUUUAAAUAAUAGACCAAAAGAAUGAACAGAUGAGAUUGUUGCUCAAUAAGCCUUGUUGCAUUUCACUGUUUAUCUACUAGAAUGGUUAUUUGUUAUUCCUUAGAUUGCUGAAGCCCAUCAGCUUGUUGCUAUGAAGGAAUCUGAUUACUUUGUUGCACAGCAGGACCUGUGCUUUGAGACUUUUCUUUUCUUUUUAAAAUAUCCUGUGACUAUAAUGCUGGCAAAGCCAUAUUAGAUGUCUUGAUUGUACAUGGAGUGCACAUGCCUUUGCUAAAGAGGAAAAUGAAACAGAUAUUGGGAAAAGAAUUAAAAUAGCAGCAAAACAAACUUUUUGCUUUAUAUAUGUGCAGUGUCUAUCUUAUGAAAUAAUCACCAUUAGCAUUAGUUAAUUAAGUUUAACAUGCUAAUGAUUUUUUAAAUUAUCCACCGAGGUGCACAGAGACAUUUUAUAAUCCAUUUUUAAGAAUCAUGAAGCUGAAAAGAUUUUUUAUAAUGAAAUAGACAUGGCCUUAAUAUUUUGGAGUGAUUCUGAAAAAUUCCCAACCUCAGCUUACGCAUUUGACAGCACUGUGCCUAGGACCAUACAUCGACUUUUGAGAAGGGUCAGCAAAAUGCUUCUUUUCCCCCUGCUCUCUGUUCCAAACGUAUCUGAUUUAUUUUAUAUAGCAUAGGAUGAUAUUGGGCCAGCUUCGUAUGCUGCAGGAGAAGUAGAGCGCUGCUGAUUAUAUGCGGGUCUGAGCAUUGUUAGCAACAUUUAUCCAAUUCUAGGUAAAUUAGCCAGGUGUCUGACUUCUGCUAAAUCCUGAGAGCUUGAAGGCUUUUGUGUGCAGCAUAAUUGUGAACUAUAUUUUCCCCUUCAUUUUCAAUUAUUGAACUAUAGAAUCUAUUGUAGUCUGUAAUAUUAAUACAACACAUACUAUAGGCUCAAAAUAAGUAUCUAACUACUAUCUCCCAAUAUCAGAGAUACAAGGUGUCUGCCAGGAAAAUCCUAAAAUAGAUAUAAAUAAAUGAAAAGAUUCACUAACCUAAAAUUUGUAUGUCUUUCAUUGCUUAUUUUCUCUGCCAUUUCCUUGUUAUUUUCUUCUCCUUCCACAUCAAGCCUAUUUACUCCAUUUCAAUUCCUCCCACUUUCCCCCCUCAUUUGUCAUCUAUUUUUAAUCUGCUCUUUCUCUUUUCUUUGUCUCAUCUCUUCUUUUCUUGGAAAGCAACAUCUUUUUUUCCACAUGCACCCCAUUCUCUGUUGCCCACCCAAAACUCCCUCCUUUAUUAUAUAGUUUCUUCUCCACUUCCUCUUUGUCCCUUUGUAUUCUUAUCUCGCUAUCCUCCUUGCUUUCCUUGUUUUUCACCCCACUCUCCCCCCAUUACAUAUGUAAAGCACUUUACAACAUUAACCAAUUAACUGCCAUAACAUUCCUGUGAUGUUGGAAAGCAUUACUAUCUCCAGAGAAGGAAGGAAAGCUUAAAUGACUUGGCCAAAGGCACAGUGGAAGUCAGUGUUGGGCACUGGGAUGGAAUGCAGCAUAGCCUCAUGAUGAUAAGCUCCCCUCACCCCUCCCCUUUGUAACAGGAGCUCACACUGACUACUCAGCACUGAAGCAAGCUCAGCUACUGAUUAGUGGCCAGCAACCAGAUGGAACUUGUGAUGACCAUAGCAGCAUCAGCUCAGGAGGCAGUCUAGGGUGACCAGAUGUCCCGAUUUUAGAGGGAUAGUCCCGAUAUUUGGGGCUUUUUCUUACAUAGGCUCCUAUUACCCCCCACCCCCAUCCUGAUUUUUCACACUUGCUGUCUGGUCACCCUAAGGCAGACCCAACUCAUAAAUUCAAGUCCCGGAUCCUUACAACCAUGGGUUUAACAGGUCCCAUGCACAACUUGACUUUUGAAAGCCUAUUAUUUUUCAGAAAAAAAAAAUCACUUUCAAACUUUCAAUCCUGACGAGGAGGUUGCAUUUCCGGGAUGAUUGUGACACUGAAAUAGGUUAGAAACAUUUUAAUUAAAAACUGAUUUCACCCUUGACACUUAUAGAGGUGUAAAAUUCAGAAGGGUCCUUGGCUUUGGGCUUCACUGGCCCCAUAGUUUGAGGCUCUUUACUCCUAAGGACACUCAUGUAAUCAAGAACAGAUCAAAGGGGACAUUUAAGACUUAUUGGAAUCUUAGUUACAGAAAGCACCUAUAUUAGAUAAACUUUACAGCAGAUGUUAUAAAGGUUAUAAGAGUUCUAUAGCAAGGGAGCUGUUGCAUCAAACUCUCUUACAGAGAAGAAAACCUAACACAAAGAAUUAAUUAUCAUAAUUCAAAGUUAUAUCAAAUGGCCCCAAAUCCUCUGUGCUAGACAGUAUAGCUGGGCUGAAAUGGACAGAUUCCCAUACUAUCCUUAAACACCUCAAUGAAUGACCCAGUAUGUCUGAAAAAAGCAUGUAUAUGUAGGAAACAUGUUCCUAGAUCAACACAGGACCAUGAGCUCAUAAACUUGUAAUUUCCAUCUUCUUCCCCCAAAUAUGCAUAUAUAUCGCAUUGCCACCAUACACAAGUUUUUUCUUCACUGCUCUAUAAUUACACCCCACAUAGAUUUUUUUAUUUGUGAAAUUUCUAUCAAAAACAGUAAAAUCAAUAUUUUUCUAUGAUUUUGUUUAACUUAGUUUAAGUACAUUGUAGGCCUGAGGUUUGCGUAGGUGUCUAAAGCUUGCAGUUAGUACGGGAAUUUGUGCGCUUCAUCCCCAACUGUACUGACUGACACAGAGGAUUUUGAAGGAGCUGGGAUAUAGUGUAAUAACCUAGAAAAAUCAAAACUGUGCCCGUUUCAAUACAUAGCAACUCUUCCUCCUGAGGUGGGAGGGAUAGCGGUAUGGGGACUGUACUGUAUUUCUGAAGAGAUGGUGCUCUUUCCACACCAGGAACGGUGAUGAUUUUGUGUCAUCUUGCCAGCUCUGCAGUUAAGUUUCCGUGAGCCAGAGCACUGAAUUGAGGAUAGCUCGUUUGGCCCAGGGACACUUUCUCAGACACUCCAUGUCCUGUGACUGUAAGAGUCUGGAAAUUGGACCACUUCUUAUCUUUUCCUUUUGCUUUUUGUUGUAGAGUUAGAUCCAAGCCACAAAAUAAAAUCUGGCUCUGGAUCGGACUGGAAAGUUUGGGGCUGCUCAUACUCUUGUUUCUUCAAGAUGUAAUAAUCUGCAACUUCCUAAAUCUUUAAAGGCUAGACUGCCACUCUUACUCGCGUUGAAUAGUAUGCUAGUCUAUAAAAAAAUUCCAUGGAAAUUAAUGGAGUUACUGGGGGAAUAAGGUGGGAUUCAACAUAAGAGUGGCAGAAUCUACUCCUAAGCAUGUGCAUUUAUUCAACUAAAAGUGACUGAAUAUAAAGGACUUGAUUCUCCACAGUCCCUAACAUACCUAUGUGAAGUGGCUGUGACACAUCACCAUUCUAUUUUAGCUCCAUUUUUCACUACUAGAAAGUGCAAGGCAGUGGAGAAUUAGGCCCCAAAGAAAGAGUAAAAUAUAGAGCAGUUUAAAAUAUUGCUAUCUACUCUUUUUUUCCCCUCCAUUUUUCUAUAGGACUGGAUAGAUGUAGCUAAUCAACUUGUGUGUUGAUCAGUCCUUGACAGAAAUCAAACCUGAUUAGUGGUGGUGUAGUAUAGACCUUGGCUGAAAUCCUCCUAUCAAAUUGGUUCCUUAGUCUAACCCAUUGGAAGCGAAUGAUCUAACCAGUGGACCAAAUUUGGUGAUGAAUCCUGUUCAUGUGCUACCUGAGGCACGUUGCACAUACACUAAGAAGAUCCAAUCCAUUUCAUAACAAUUUGUAUUUAUAUGACAGAUACCAAUUGUAGUCAGAGCUCUUCUCUAAGGCUUGAUUUAAAUGGAACAUCAGGGUUAGCGUUUCCAGUUAUAGUGCACACUAAAAUGGUUUAACGUAUUGCACUUGAUUCUUGAGGCCCUUUAUGUUCAAGGUUCUGCCAAAGCAAUCUAUUGCACUUGUUUUUACUUGGCUCAUAGAGGGAAAAUAAUGGAUUUAGUUAUGAGAAACAGUAAUAGAUUUUAAAAAAUUGACAAAUUUCUAUGUUUAGAUAGAAGAAAGGGAUCAGGAAGAUAUAAGUGGAAUUAUUCUGCAAUAGACUAGCUCUUGUAAAAUUCACUUCACAUAAAUUGUACUGAGACACCUUUCUAUGUAAUGUUUUAUUUAUGUAAUUCAGGGUUUUUUUUAUAGAAUUAAAUCAUUUCAUGCAGUC